CGGCUUAUGGGCGCUGAAACUUGAAGGAUUCACCGGAACCACUUUCUUUCUCACAAAGAUUAUGAUCUUAUCAUUUACCCGAAUAUCACAUCGAGGUUAUUCUGGGUGUUGGUGAAAUCAAACUUCUUUAAUUAGACCAAUUAAAGAGUGAUGGACAUGGAGCCUUCAGCCCCUCCUCAGCGCGUGCUGCAGUCACUGGAUCGGAAUGCAGCGGCAUCCGAGCGUAACUCGGAAUAUUUACAAUCUCUAGGUAGCGAGUCGAGCUCAUUCAUCAUGGUUGAGCCCAAAACUCGUCUGGAAGUCCCGGCAAGGCUGUGGGUGACGACGGUUGUGGUCAUCGUGAUUGUUCUUCAAGUUGCCUCGACCACGGGACUCUUCAUAUACUUAAAUAUGUCAGUGGCACAGGCUCAAACUCAGGGCGUUGUGGAGGAGCUGAGGUGUUUUGGUCUUCUAAACGCUUUGGAGAAGGAGCAGGAGGUACCUGAUGACCUGGUUCAGCUCUUUGGGGAGCCUUGCAUUAAACUAGCUGAAGGACUCAAAGCCUACAUCUCUAAGGUCACAGAAAACAUUAUCUCAAAACACACCUUUCAAGAGAGAGUACCAAUCCCUCCACGUACAAAAUUACUCACCAUAGGGAGCCCACGGCCAUCCGCUCAUCUCACUCUGAGAGACAGUGGACUUCAGGGUCCCGCAUCCUUAAUCCCUCAGAUGGACCUUCACCAGUCCUGUCGGCAUCCAGUUCGAUCCUGGGGAAACCAGAGCUUCGGCUCCCACCUCCACAACAUGACCAUAUCCAACGGCCGUAUGCGCAUUCCUCGCGCGGGCCGCUACUACCUGUACGCCCAGGUCUACUUCCGAUAUCUCACGCUCUCCAGUGACGAUUUCCACUCGGGCUCCGUCAGCCACCAGGUGGUGCAGUGUGUCUACAAGAAGACCGCCUAUGCCCAACCCAUUCAGCUCCUGAAGGGUGUGGGCACCAAAUGUUGGUCUCCAGACAGCGAGAACGCCCUUCACUCCAUCUACCAGGGUGGUCUGUUUGAACUUCGCGCGGGCGAUGAGAUCUUCAUCUCCGUGUCUUCUCCCACAGCAGUGUACGCAGAAGACUCCUCCAGCUACUUUGGGGCCUUCCUGUAUGACCUCUGAAGGAGUCGGUCGUGGCUUGUGGUCUCAUUUCAAGCGAAAGGAAAUGGUUUCAGCUGGAGGCCUUGCAUGGGAAACAUGAAAAAAGGGAAGAAGCUUGGGCUUCGUUCUGGCCUCUGGCAUUAACAAAGUGUUCUGUAAUGAACUGCAACAAGUAUGCGACUUUAAGUCUUAAAAAUGGAUUCUUUACUAAUGGCAGGGCACGAUUCUUAAAAAAUCAAGAUACAGCUGUACAUAAGACUUCAAAAAGGACUUGAGCAACAAGAUAGUGUUGAAGUGAGAUGUUUCUUAUUUUGUUGAGUGAUAAAACAUCUGAACUUUUUUCAGGACGGACAGAUCGCAAGCAUAUUUGCGAUAGCUUUGUGAUGGACCUAACAAUUCUAACAGUCUAUACUUUCUUUAAAGGUGCUGUGUGUUAUUUUUUGGAGGAUCUAUUGACAGAAAUGCAAUAUCAGAGGUGUAUAAAGACCUUACAUAAUGAAGCUUUAUGUUUUUAUUAGGGCUGUCAAUGUUAACGCGUUAACGCAUACGAUUAAUUUUUUCAAAUUAACGCGUGAAAAAUAUUUAACGCAAUUAACGCAGCAUCCGUUUGUUUUGACAUUCUUUGUCUAGCGUUACAUUUUGUAAUCACGCUCUUAUUCGUGUACAGGCUUUUAAACCACUUAAGCGCGAUUUUAAACAGUUGCUUUGACGCGUUCAAUGAAGAUAGACAGCUUCUAAACUGUGGGACGCGGCAAAACGCAACGCGAGGUCCAGUCUGGUGUAAACAGUCACGGGCUGAAGGCUGCGUCGGUGAAUCUCUGUCAGACAGCGCAUCCGUGUUAAGUUCUCUUUCGUGCUUGAAUGGAUAAAACCAUACAAGAUUAUGUCAGAAAGCCCGUUUUGUCUAGCGUUUUCUUAAGCAAGACUUCAAAGUGUAAAAUAAAAUCUUAAAUGCAUGCAAAGAGUUGUGAAAAUGGGAGCGCGGUGACGGUCAGAUCUGCGUACUGAGACAGCUCUUAAAGGGGCCGCGUUCUUAAACGUGCUGCUGUGACUCCUGUCACUAAUGUUAAUCAAAGAACAAAAUAAAAGAAGACAUCAAUGUGAUUUUGUAGCUUUAAUGAGAAUUCUUCUGCAUUUAAUUUAUAAUUUAGCAUUGAAGACUAAAGUGUUUGAGAACUUCCUUCAAUUUCUGUAUAUUUCAUGAUGGCUCUCAAUUAUAUUGUUGAAUGGCUAUAAUUAAUGUUAAAAUAAUCAAUUUAAUAGAGACAGUACUAAUAUCAAAAUGUUUUCUUUCAUUCAUAAAAUGACGCUGUUAAAGAAAUAUGUUGUUUCUACAUCAAUUUGAAGAUUAAAUGUGAAAUUAUUCAAAUGUAAAAGUAUAUUUUAAAAUAUUAUUGUUAUGUGUGAUUAAUCGUGAUUAAUCACAGAAAAUGUGUGAUUAAUCCGAUUAAUUUUUUUAAUCGAUUGACAGCACUAGUUUUUAUUACCUUAGAGUGAGCUAUUUCUAUCUACAUACACCUCAGGUCCCCUUCCAUAGAAUUCACCAUGUUGUUUCUACAGUAGCCCUAAACAGACAAACUGCUCUCCAGAGCGUGAUUCACAAAUACAUUAUCUCGUUCGGCAAAGUAGCGAAAACGUGACGACAUCUUAGUUCUGUGUCAGCCACCGCAGUGCUUCGAAAGGGAGAGGAGAGGUGUGGAUUGAUCCGAUGGUUGCAAUUCCUGAUCUCACCACUAGAUGCCGCUAAAUUUCCUACACUGGACCUUUUAAAAGAAAGAAUGAAGACUUAAACACAACUAUUCUUUUUAUAUUAAGUGGUAAAAUAUACAUUCAAUUCUAAGCACAAUUAAACAAAUGCACUAACAAAUGCACUAACAGAUGUUUUGUAUUUAAAAAUGCAUUCAGACCAUACAAGAACAAUUGUCUGCCAUUUUUUCUUGUUUCUUUUUCACGUUGAACUGUUUUUAUUGUUCAUACUGUUGGAAAUAAAUUAUCUGGGUCAAUGUGACGGAUCAUGAACCAGACGUCUCCAGUUUGUCAGGAAGCACUAAGCCAUUAUGAGUCAAAGUGUCAUUCCGACAUGAUGUCUGAAGUAAAAUUCUCAAACAUUCUUUCAAACAAUAGCGAAUGCAGUAACAAGAAGUAUUGUGUAGGAGUAGGAUAAGGAAAUAUGAUGCAUAAAUGAUUUCAAAACAAAAGUUAAUCUUAUCUACUAUACUUACCAUCAGUAAGCAAACCCUUUUAAAAGAAUCUGUUGCUGACUCAAUUCUAAUUAUUGCCAAGG